GGGGGCGUGACUUCCGGUUUCUGCCAUUCCCGUGCUUCCGGGUAGGCGGGUGGGCGGAGGCCGGCGGACGCGACCAUGGAGAAGCUGCGGCGGGUCCUGAGCGGCCAGGACGACGAGGAGCAGGGCCUGACGUCGCAGGUCCUGGACGCCUCCAGCCUCAGCUUCAGCACCCGGCUGAAGUGGUUCGCCAUCUGCUUCGCGAGCGGUGUCUUCUUCUCCAUCCUCGGUACCGGGCUGCUGUGGCUCCCCGGCGGCCUCAAGCUGUUCGCCGUGUUCUACACCUUGGGGAAUCUCGCCGCCUUGGCCAGCACCUGCUUCCUCAUGGGGCCUGCAAAGCAGCUGAGGAAGAUGUUCGAGACCACGCGGCUGCUGGCCACGGUCGUCAUGCUGCUGUGUCUGGUGCUGACCCUGUGCGCCGCCCUGUGGGUGAGUUCCGCUCCGGACUGCCCGGGCAGCCGUGGGCACGGGGCCGGGUCCUCACCGGGUGUCGGGAGCCCCGGCCACAGAGAGGGCGAGAGGAACCAGAGAGCCUCGCGCAGCCCGGGGGAAGGACGGAGACCCGGUCAGAGUCACAGGCCUUUCCCCCAGGCGCCGCCCCUCCACAUCCCCCGCGAGUCUCUCUGGAGGGAACUGGCAGCCGUGUGUGGCAACCCCUCCGCUGCUUUCGGGGUCACUGGGAAGCCUGUUGUGGCAGCUUCCGCACGGCCCCGCAGGGACAGUCCUGGCCUUAGGAAGACAGGCAGCCUGUCCGUGGAUGAGCCGUGGGCUCCGGCUCCCCAGACUCCAGCCAGUGGGGCAAGAAGGGACUGGCCUUGCUCUUCUGCAUCCUACAGUUCCUGUCCAUGACCUGGUACAGCCUGUCCUACAUCCCGUACGCCAGGGACGCCAUCAUCAAGUGUUGCUCUUCCCUGGUGAGCUAGUCGGGUGGGCGCGUGGAGCGUGAAGGCUGGUGCUGUUCCGGGGGUCCUGCCCUCCCGGAACACUCGAACGUUCGGCAGCUCAGACCCGCGGCCUGGGCCUAUCCAACCGCCCAGGGUCACCGCGCCUGUCCGGGGCAGGCCCCGCUCAGUGAUUUCCUGCCCGUCUCAUAAUCUUUCCUAAACAGCAUUUGAUGAAUAUUCAAACUCCUGCCGUGAGAUUCUCCAGUGUCUACGUUUUUAAAUGUCUUUUUUUUAAGCCUUUAAAUGUGAAAGUUUCUGUGUGAUGCUCAGAGUUGCUUGUCAUGUAUAAUAAAAUAAUAUAUGAAUCCUA